AUGUCCUCUUCAAAGGAUGAUAUUAGAGUUGUUAUCGGAAUUGACUUUGGUACAACCUAUUCUGGAUAUGCUUAUGCUCACAAAUCUAAUCCCAAAGAUAUCUCUUCAGAAGAUAAAUGGUCGUCAGGUUUCCCGGAUUAUAAAACUCCAACCGUCAUAAAAUAUGAAGACGAAUCAUACACUAAAGUAAAAUCUUGGGGAUUUAAAGCAUUUGCAGACCGACCAAAAAAAAAGAAAAAUACCGAUAAAUCUAUACCUUUAGAACUAUUUAAAUUAUUUUUAUUUAAAAAUUCUUCCAUGGCAAACCCUUAUUUACCUGAUAAUUUGGAUUAUAAGAAAGUUAUUACGGAUUAUUUGAAAGAAUUAUGUAAGAUGGUUAAAAAAAGCGUGAAUACUCAUUGGCAAAAUUUAGAAUUUUAUACUAAAGUGUUGAUUGUACUUACAGUAUGUUUAAUAGUAUUUAUUAUUGUAUUGAAUUUCGAAUUUGAUGAUGAUGCGAUUGCGAUAAUGCGUGAAUGUGCUUUUGACGCUGGGUUAAUUAAUGAGAAAAAUAGUUGUAAUCUUAUAUUUACUACAGAACCUGAAGCUGCUGCGGUAUAUUGCUUGAGCGCUCUGGAAAAAGUACAUAAUUUGAAACCUGGAGAUUCAUUUAUGGUUGUGGAUUGUGGGGGUGGCACGGUAGAUUUGACACGACAUGAAUUAUUACAAAAUAGCAAAUUAAGUGAAAUAACGGAACGUUCUGGUGAAAAUUGUGGAUCAAGUUUUAUUGAUAAAAAAUUCAUAGAAUUUGUUGGUCGUAAAUUAGGAAAAUCCUUUGAAUUUUUGAAAAGAAACCAUUAUAGUUCCAUACAAUAUAUGGUACAAGAAUUUUGCAGACGUGUAAAAAUUCCUUUUACAGGACAAAAAAACGAAUUUCAAUGUUAUGAGAUAGAUUUGGAAGAAUAUCCCUUGUUAAAAGUACUUGUCGAAGGAAAAGAGAAACGAUUAUUAGAAAAAGAUGAUUGGCUAAUAUACAUUGAAUUUAAUGAUGUUAAAACAAUGUUUGAUCCUAUUGUAGAGGAUAUCAUUAAAUUGAUGACAGAACAAUUAAAAAAUAAUGAUAAAAAAUGCUCUGCAAUUAUGCUAGUUGGAGGAUUUGGCGAAUCUAGAUAUUUGCAAGACAGAAUUAGAAAAGAAUUUAACAAAACUGUACCGAAUAUCUCUGUACCGACGCAGCCGAUUAUUGCAGUCGUAAAAGGAGCCGUUCAAUUUGGACUCCAAGCAGACAUUGUGGUAAAUCGUGUCUUAAAACGGACUUAUGGUGCGUUGUCUUCUUCAUUUCUAAUUCAAUGCUUAGUAAAAAGGAAAAAUGCUUUAAUGCUUUUUGUUAUAUUUGUAGGAACGGAUAUUGCACGACGGUCACUACCAAAUGAUCCACCUUCACAAAAACUUCCAAAUGGAUAUACAAUAAUUUUUGAAGCGCUUGCAAGGCGUGGUAAACAAAUUUCACCAAAUGAUAAAGUUAUUAAACAAUUUAAACCAUAUUCGUUAACGCAACCUAAUAUUGGUUUCGAUAUGUAUGUUACAAAGGAACAUGAUGCAAAAUUUUGUGAUGAUCCUGGUGUUAGUUUACUUCGUGAUUGGGAAAUCAAAUUACCUGAAAUUGACAAUUAUGAUGAUGAUACAACUAUUUUAUUAACUUUAACCUUUGGCACGGUAGAAAUAACAGCUACCGCUGAAAAUCAAAAUACUGGUGAAAAAUAUCAAGUCAAAUUGAAAUACGAAUAA